AUGGCUACAGUUGGAAGGAAUAUAGCAGCUCCAUUGCUGUUUCUCAACUUGAUCAUGUAUUUCAUUGUGCUCGGAUUCGCUAGCUGGUGUUUUAAUAGGUUUAUCGAUGGCCAAACUGCUCACCCAAGUAUGGGUGGAAAUGGAGCCACCGGUUUCUUCUUGACAAUCUCAAUCUUGGCUGCUGUAGCCGGCAUAGUUUCAAAGUUAGCAGGAGGGGGUCAUAUUAGGUCCUGGAGAAGUGAUAGUUUGGCUGAAGCUGGUUCAUCUUCGUUAAUAGCUUGGGCCUUGACUGCAUUAGCCUUUGGGUUUGCUUGCAAGCAUAUAAAUAUAGGAGGGCGGAGAGGGUGGAGAUUGAGAGUAAUUGAAGCUCUCAUAAUAAUUCUCACAUUAACCGAACUCUUGUACGUUUGUUUGAUCCAUGCUGGUCUAUUUGGCAGUAGGUAUGGACCAGGGUAUCGAGACACCGAAUAUGAGGGCCAGCCGGUGCCUAAGGGCGGCCCUGCUGUAACAGGGUCUAGGGUUUGA